ACAACGUGCCCACAAAAAUGUUGAAAGCGAAGCAGAAAACGGCAGUAAAACCACUUCCCGCUGCGGAUAGUGACACCGAUUCGCUGGAGGACGGUAGCAGCGCGGACGAGGAGUUCAUGUCCGACGAAGAGUUUCCAAUGUCCGAUGACGAUAACGGCGAAACGCGCGGCGAGGCCGAAGCCGAACCACAGGAGGCCACGAAAUGGGCCAAAGCAAUGGCGAAGUUUCUGCGGAAAAGCACCGACGCCAAAGUGCUGUCGAAAGCGGUCACGGACCGAGAGAAAGAGCGCCAGAAGGAGCAGACCAAAAAGUACAAGUUCGAUGUCGUUGGCGCAGACGGUCAAGUAAAGAAGGAACCGGUGGGCGAAAAACUGCAGAACGAAGAAAAACCGGACGAUCUCGUGUUGGCCCGACAAUUGCUGCGGCAGAAGGCGCUACUGAAGCGGGAACGACAAAAGGACAUCCUUGGGCUCCGCGUGCGACCCUCGGUGCACGAUUACGAGCGUGAGCGCUCCCUCCGAAAAGUGGCCACCAAGGGCACGGUGCAGCUUUUUAAUGCGGUGCGCAACCAGCAGAAGGACGUAAACCAAAAGCUAGAGGAAGCCGGCAAACUGGAGUACAAACGGGACAAGGUGCUGAAGAGCCUUAACAAGAAAGAAUUCCUUAACGCACUGAUGAACGGACCGCGCGCAAAGUCGGAGCUGGUAGACAAUCUGAUCAAGAAGGAAGAAUCCGAAGACAUCAAGUCGGAGAUCGAUUCCGACGAGGAGCCCAAAUCUACGUGGGGCGCGCUGCGGGCCGAUUUUCUGACGGGGAAAAAAUCCGGCUGGGACAAGGAGGACGGCGAAGAUGAUACGCGAACCCGGGACGAUCUGGACGAUGGUAUGGGAUCGGACUCGGAAUGA